AUGCUUCGUUAUCGGUUCCCUCUCAAAUUCAAUCAUGAAUGUAAAUUGAUGAGGACAACCUUCCCGAUGAUGAAUUGUACUGGAAAUAAUCAUGUAGCCAUAUCCAUCACAAUGAUGAAGAGAUUUACAAGCAAGAAUAUGAAUGAGAAUAUGAAUGAGUCAUCGGAAAAUAACAACAUUGCAAAACAAGAUCACCUGGCAUCGAAAAGUAAUAGCGAGGCUUCUCAGAUACCUUCCUCUGCAUCAUCAUCGUUCAUCACACAAGUGUACAAUUUGAAAAACAAAAUAGAAGUUUUAGAGGAAAAGACACUUGCAUACUUUCCGAAAACAUCCGUCCAACUAACUCCCUACUUUUUGAAUGAAAUGAUGAAGAAACCAAAAAAUUAUUAUUGGGCUGCAUUUGCUGCCAUUGUGUCUAUUAUUGCAGUGCUAUACGUUCGCUAUGGAUUAUAUUUUAAACAACAUGUGGGAAAAUUAUUUGAGCAAGAGACAAUGACACAGAAAUCUGCAAUUGCCACUCUACGAGUGAUGCAAGUUUAUUCUGACAAUUUUGGUGCCUUUCCAUCAUUGAAGAAUGUUAAAACCGAUCAGCUCGUGGACAAACUCAAUUGUGAUGACAUGAAUAUUGAAAUCAAAAAAGAUACACUCGCCACGGUUAUAAGUCUCAUGAAUUUUGAACAUUUUAUUAAUCGUUUCGCAUGGAAUAGAGAUUUUUUAUCAUUGGUUGCUGCUUCCAUUAAGACGCCUCUCACUAAAGAAAUGAGCCAAGUAAUAUUUGAGAAAAUCUUAUCAUCUCCUUCAGGAAAAAGAAUUCUCAGAGAGGAGUGUCCUCAGAAUGUAUUGAACGCGCUUGACGUUUUAUUGACUGAUAGUAGUGACAAUUUUCAAGAAAUUGGGUCCAAAAUAAUGUUUAACUUCUUUGAAGGAGAUGAGGUUAAAAUAGACGACUAUCUAAAGACAUUCUCAGCUAAAAGUGGUGUUGAUAUUUCUAACAUUCAGAAUUAUAUUGAAAAUUUAAAGAAAAGCAAGACCUCUGUAACCAAGUUGAAGCUAUCAGAGACCAAUAUAAGGUCUAGUGACAUUGAAGCAAAUUUAGGAAUGCUUCCAGUGGCAAUAUUAUCAUCCGUAUUUUACUGUACAAACUCAUGGAAAAAGAGAGCUAAUGCUCCAGCCAUCUUUUUGAGUCAUGUUCGAUGGUGGGCAGGUCUUGCUGGAGCAAUUCCCACGAUUGCAGAUAUCAUGAUUUCCAUCUUGCAUACACAACAAUAUUCUCGUAAAAUUGAAAAUUUCUACGUGACCCAAGAUUUGCAACAACAAAGUUUUUGGAAAAGCAUUAUUGAUUUCACACCCACAUCGUUCAACAUUAUGUAUGCCUCAAUUCGAAUUUUUGAAGCAGUUGCCGUUAUUGCAUUAUGGAAACGAGCAAGAUUCAUCAUUGCUCCGUUGAUAUUCAACGAAUUACUCAAAUACAAUGUUGUACAAUAUGCCAAGACCGACAAUAACUUGAAAUUUUUGCAUGAAAACGAAUUAAGCAUUGGCAAAAACAGAACAUACAAGAUGAGUAUUGCAGAGUCAAGAAAGAAUGACUCUACUUCUCAAGAAGGAUCGAUCGAACAAGAGGAAGACGAUGAAAUUGAGGAUUAA